AUGCUUGCUUUUAAUUCAGCGGUUGCUGGUAUUAUUGUUAAUGUUACUUGUGGUUGUCAAGCAAUCUAUCAGUUGACAAGUGAUGGAAAUGAUAAAUUAUGUUCAUUUCGAGGUUUUCUUCUGCAUGCUGCUGCUGGUCUCUUGUAUCAAACACUUUGUGUUCAAGCACUUCAUCGUCUUUUUGUAGUUGUGUUUGCAACACGACGUUAUCUCCGAUCAAUAAAAGUCAUGACAUCUAUUACGAUCAUUCAAUGGUUACUCUCGAUCACAUUUGGCAUUCCUGCAUUAGUGAUUGGACGAAUCGUAUAUCAAUCGGGUAGUCGCAUUUGUCAGGCAUCAUUGACCGAUCUAACUAUAUUUUUAUAUUUGGCAAUGUUUAUCUAUUUCUGUCCACUUACUAUCAUUGCUCUAAUCUAUAUUCGAAUUGUUCAUUUUACAAAACAACAUUCUUUUACAACAAAUAUUCAACAUAGUCCAGCUGAUCAACAUCGACAACGUCGUGAGCUUCGUUUUAUUCGUCGUCUUCUUAUCACUGUCGGUGUUAUAUUUUUUAUGAGUUUUCCAUAUUUAAUUUUCUUUCUUCGAGCUCAAUUUUUUCC